GUGAUUGGGGCAAAGGCCAAGGUAGCAGAAGCCACUGAUUUCCUGUCACCUGGUAUCUAUCAGAGGCCCCAGGCCUGCCCUAUGUCACUCACCUCCUGUGUACGUGGGACACCAGCAGUGGAAGUGAACUCGGCAGCCAGCAUCCGAGUCAGCCUUGCAACCUAAGGCCUCAGACACUCAGGAGUUCUGAGGGUGAAAUGGCGACACCCAGAAAUUCAAUGAGUGGAACUCUCCCAGCAGAUGCUAUGAAAGGUCCGACUGCCAUGAAUCCCGUUCAAAAAAUAAUUCCCAAAAAGAUGCCUUCGGUGGUGGGCCCUACACAAAACUUCUUCAUGAAGGAAUCUAAGCCACUGGGGGCUGUCCAGAUUAUGAACGGGCUCUUCCACAUGGCCCUAGGUGGCCUCCUGAUGAUCCACAUGGAGGUCUAUGCACCCAUCUGUAUGACUGUGUGGUACCCUCUCUGGGGAGGUAUUAUGUAUAUCAUUUCUGGAUCACUCCUGGUAGCAGCGGAGAAAAACCCCAGGAAAAGUUUGGUCAAAGGGAAAAUGAUAAUGAACUCACUGAGCCUCUUUGCUGCUAUUUCUGGAAUGAUUCUUUUGAUCAUGGACAUAUUUAAUAUUGCAAUCUCCCAUUUUUUUAAAAUGGAGAACCUGAAUCUUCUUAAAAGUCCCAAGCCAUAUAUUGACAUCCACACCUGUCAACCGGAGAGUAAGCCCUCUGAGAAAAACUCUCUGUCUAUAAAAUAUUGUGACAGCAUACGAUCUGUUUUCUUGAGCAUUUUUGCCGUGAUGGUGGUCUUUACCUUAUUCCAGAAACUUGUGACAGCUGGCAUUGUUGAGAAUGAAUGGAAAAAACUGUGCUCCAAACCUAAAGCUGAUGUAGUUGUCCUGUUAGCUGCCGAAGAAAAAAAAGAACAGCUAGUUGAAAUAACAGAAGAAGCGGUCGAGCUGACUGAAGUAUCUUCCCAACCAAAGAAUGAAGAAGGCAUUGAAAUCAUUCCAGUCCAAGAAGAGGAGGAGGAAACGGAAAUGAACUUUCCGGAACCUCCUCAAGACCAGGAACCUUCACCGAUAGAAAACGAUAGCAUUCCUUAAACUAUUCUUUUUCUGUCUUCUGUUUCCUUUUCUUAGGCAUUAGUGUUCACAGCUUCCAAGAGACGUAUUCACCCUCAUUUCCUGAGGCCCUCUGCAGGCACCCUCCACAUGUCUCUCUGGCCUUCGCACGGAGUGACCACAGCUCACUGGCACUCGCUCGCGCUCGCUCGCUCUCUCACGCAGAGAAUCCAGCCAUGGCAGGCGACUAUGUCGGCACGUUUCCUGUCUGGGGCAGCUUACUGAAAUUCAAACAAGGCAGAGCAAGGGCUGCACCUCGGCAGUGCUCACCGGCCUCCUUCCCGGGCGAGGCUUUGCAGUAGCGGUCGGAGUAGAGGUUCCACCUCGUCCCUCUUCAACAGAGAGACUCUGCCCCUGAUGAAAAAGAUAAACCACUGUGCAGGCCAUCCCUACACUUCCUUUAAUUCCUUCCACAUCUACGUAUGUUGUGGAGUCCCUGGUGCACCACUGUCCUAAAGAGAGUAAAAAGUAAUGGUAGGGAGGUGAGAUAAGGAACUAGUCCAGCUAUCUUUCUACGGGGCUGACACUGUGGUACACUCUUAGAGUGCCUACACCCCACCAGGGAACUUCUUAGUGGCCAACACCCAGCUCUUCCUUCGUACAAACAGCGCAGCUUAUAAAUGGGCAUGUCUGUAUCUGUCUUAACUUUCCCUAACUCCUGCUCUAGGCUCUUGGUUGCACUGUCUACCUACUUUCAGCCUUUAGGCAAGAGAAGAAAGAAUCAAAGAAGAUGCCAUAAUGAGUACCCACAUCUUAAAUGAUAAUCAAUGGUUGCAUUUGUAGAGUAAUUUCCAUUUCACAGAGUAGUUUAUCAAAUAAUUACAUUUGAUCUUCCAUCAUCAAGAAAAAAAAAAUCCCUAUCCAUAUUUUUCCAAGUGAUUCAAAGAGGCUAAGUAACUUAAAAAUAAGUAAAGGUAAUUUGCUAAUGGUCACAGCUAGUAAUUUUGAGAGCCUUCUUUUGUACCCAUAUCUUCCUACUCUAAUCCUAAAAUGUUUUAAAUAACCAAACAGCCUGUAUAAACUACCUGAGCAAAGUCAACAGGUUUUAAUAAGCGCCUACUCUCUGAUUAGCAUAAAAUAGGUGUUCGGAGAGACACAGAAGAGUCAGAAAUCAAGUUUUGCUUCUCAGGGAUAAAAAACACAGACAUUCACAACAUUUGGAAAACUACUUACAUCAUUAAUAUAUACUUGGUUGUUAGGUUACAUAAUGCAGACACUAAGUACUAUGGACAUUCUCAAAAAAGAUCAUGUUUGAAAAUAAUGUAAUUAGUUACAAUGCCAAAUCUCAGGUAAUCGCUAUCCUACUUCUCAAUUCCUGUUCCUAUUCAGAGAUACUAGUACCUUACAUAGGAAGAAUGUUUAUAAUCUAUCAAUUACAUUUGGGCAUUUUCUAUACGAUAAACCCUGCCAGAUUCUGGCAGGUCAACAGUCAAAGCAAUUUCCAUGCCUUGUGAUAUUUCUACUUUGUUAGGGACCACCGAUAGAAGAUCAUUCCUGUGCUUAGAAAAAAAAAAAAAAAGAGAUGAAACAUCUCUAUAUGUAAAGUCCUGAAAAUUAGCCUUAAGUAAAUAAAACUAUAUUUGUGUUCUUGUCUGAAACAGAUGAUUCCAACACAGUGUUUUCCCAGUCUUCUCUAUUCUUGUAACGUCAGACCACAAGGGAGGCUCCUAUAGCCUUAAGUUUAUAUUCACAUAAUCCCAAUACGGGUUUGAACUGUGGGAUGUCAGGACAUCAACUAUGUAUAUCAGUGUAUUCUUUUUUUUUUUAAUAUUUAUUUUUAUUUUUGAGAGAGAAAGAGAAUGUGGGUGGGGGAGGGACAGACAGAGAGAGGGGGACAGAGGAUCCGAAGCAGGCUCUGUGCUGACAGCAGCAAGCCCAAUGUGGGGCUCAAACUCACGAACUGUGAGAUCAUGACCCGAGCCAAAGUCCAACGCUCAAUGGACUGAGCCACCCAGGUGCCCUCGGGUGUCAGUGUAUUCUUACACACAUGCAUUCCCAAGGAAAGUUUUCACAGAAGAUUUAAUAAUCGAAUAACUGAUUUCUCACAUUGAGCACUCCGGAAUGUGCCUGAAAUAGGCGGCAGGCACUCCUGCCUUGAACUAGAGGAAAGGGAAGACAGCAAUGGCAGACCAAGGAAAAAACUAAUGAGAAAACCUUCAAAGAAGAUAAGCUCUGUCUUCUAUCUUAUUUUCUCCAUUUCUGAAAUAUAUGUGAGGAUCCCUCUCCAAAACCAUUGUGUCUUUAAAAAUUUUAUUUUAUUUUCUUGGGGCGCCUGGGUGGCUCAAUCGCUUAAGCGUCCAACUCUUGGUUUUGUGAGUUUGAGACCCUCAUCGGGCUCUGCGCAAGCAGCAUGGAGCCUGCUUGGGAUUCUCUCUUUCCCUCUCUCUCUCUGCCCCUCUCCACUCAUGCUGUCUCUGUCUCUCAAAUAAAUAUAUAAAGAAAAAAGUUUAAAAAAAUAAAUUUUAUUAUAUAUAUGUAUUUUUGUUCAAGUAUAAUUAACGUAAUGUUAUAUUAGUUAUUUUAUUCAUUUUUAUGAUCUCAAAUCAUAAUCAGUUUGUACUAACCUCACAUAACUCCUUUUGAGACACCAUUAAUGUCUAUUAUUAAAGAAGAACGAAAAUCAUUGCUAUGACUUUUCUCCCCAAUUAUCCUUUUGGCAAUUUGUUCCUUAGAGGGUGACUGACCAUCCCAGUCUGUCUGGGACUGAGGGAUUUCCUGAGAUGCAGAACUUUCAGUGCUAAAACCUAAAUAGUCAGAGGCAAACCAGGAGGGUUGAUCACUCCAGUUCAUAGUAAUACAUAAUUGUACCUGGC